CAGACACCUCCUUCUGACACCUCAUAACCCCAAAGACUGUCAUUGAAUUCUUAGACCCCAAUAUGAGCGUGGAAAGUUGUAAUGGUGCAAGAGGGCGUAAGCUUCAUAAAAGACAUUAGGAGGCGUCGGAGGUGUUGCAAGUACUGCUCGUUGCUGAUCAACACCGUCAGCCUCGUCCUGGACCUCGGGGAGGUGGGGCUCAGCUCCUACAUGAUCUUCGUGGUCCCCCACGUGCUCUUCUGGUGGGGUGUGUCUUGCUUCCAACUGAGUUUUUGCUCGCUGGUGGUGACGACCUUUUACUACCCCCUGCUCGUGCGCACUCCCAAGCUGAAAAACGUGAUAAUAGUGUUAUUUUUGAUAUUGGCCGUUAAGGUGGCGGCCGCCGGUUUGCUGAUCAGACACGUGCUGAGACGCCCCCCGGAGCACGACGAUUUCGAGCUUAAAUGUUUCACGGUGGUGAAAUCGUUGCAUUUAGGGGUGAUUUUUGGGGUGUUCACUUAUUACUGGCGGAUUUACGCGAUUGCUAUUGUGGAAUUUAGGCGGGGGUCUGUCGGGCCCAGUUCGAUAAUCGAUCUGGAGGAGUUGCAGAAGCCGCAACGCUCCAGCGCCACCAUGUACAGUUUUAAAUAGUUUCGCGUGUGUUAAGAAUAAAAUUUUGUUAAAACGGACCCUGCGGGCGCUUUCUUGUGAUCGAUCAACUGGCUUGGGCCCCGGAGGCGUGUCAGAUUAACGCCUAAUCAGCUUUUUAUUUAUUGAGCGACGUCGAUUUCUCUUCUCACCGAGUGAAAUGUCUCAUUGAGAUUAUUUCAGUUCAGUUAUCAAGUGGUUCUAAGACCGAAUAUCAUUAGCACCGUUUGGGACUUUUUUUAGUCUGGUCGUAAACUGCCAGUAAAAAUGACGCUUUUAACCCUCUUGAGCCCUUUUACGUAGUUCUCGUUAUGACUGUAGAAGCGUUGGUGUCUCUUUAAAUACUUUACGAACAUAAUUUCAUUAAUGAGAAAAAUAAAUUUGUAUUUUAUCGUUG